AUGCAGAAUAAAGAAGUUGGUUCUAAGAUGCUUAAAGCUGAGCUUCGUAGCUUGGACAUAGAGCAAGACUUGGUCUAUCAAAGAGCAAAAGAGAAGGCUUUUAUCACAAUAGUAAACUGUUCUUUCCCAGAGUUAGAAAUGCAGAUGUAUGCUGGUCUUUGCCUUCCAAGAUUUCGUUGUAGACUACUAGAAUAUAAGAGGCUUUGUUUUUUUCUGCUAAAAUUAAAUUAA